AUGGCUUAGCAGAGAGUUCAGUAAGAUUCAUAUGAUGACCAAUGGAAUCAUACCCAAGCAGAAAGAUCGCAAGGUGUCCAUCAAACACAUCCUGACCUGGUUUAGCCAGCUGACAGAGCAUGUCAAGUGGACAUACCUGACUUUGAUCAGUUUGAAGUUAAAGUUGCCAGAUAAGGUGGAUGUCGGACAUUUUUGCAGUUUGGUUAAUGAAAUAAUGAAGCCAAAUCCAGCUACUGAGAAAUUAUUAAAGAAAUUUGGUCAACCACUGGGCGAUGGUAAUAGAUCCAUGCCCCUGACCUGUUUUGAGGCCUUCUUGAUGAAAGAGCAAAAU